UUUGAAAUGGCUCUUAUCUGUGUGUCAGAUUUUGAAGCUCAUGCUAAAAAGCAUCUUCCCAAGCCUAUCUGGGAUUAUUUUGCAGCAGGUGCUGAUGAAUGUUAUACACGGGACGACAAUCUUAUGGCUUAUAAAAGAAUCUAUUUGCGGCCACGGGUGCUGCGGGAUAUGUCGGUAAUAGAUCCAAGGACCACGAUUCUUGGCUCUGAAAUUGACUUCCCAGUGGGGAUUGCUCCUACUGGUUUCCACGGUUUGGCCUGUCCUGAUGGAGAGCAGAGCACAGCUCAAGCGGCAGAAGCUAUGAAUACCUGCUACAUAGCCAGCACAUAUUCCACUUUCUCUGUGGAAGAAAUUGUUGCUGCUGCACCUACUGGUUUACGGUGGUUCCAACUCUACCUCCAUCGGAAGAGGACGUUCUCAGAGCAGCUGGUACGACGGGUUAAUGCAUUGGGAUUCCAGGCCCUGGUGCUCACAGUUGACGUGCCCUACACUGGCAAGAGGCGGAAUGACAUUCGCAACAACUACCAGUUCUUGAAAUCCAUCCAAGUGAAGAACUUUGAAGGAGCUUUUGAGGAUGAAGACCAGACUGAAUAUGGUCUGCCCCCUGGAUCCAUAGACCCAUCUAUCAAUUGGAAUGACAUCACCUGGCUACAAAGUCUGACCCAGCUGCCAAUCAUCAUCAAGGGGAUUCUGACAAAGGAGGAUGCUGAGCUAGCUGUGAGACAUGGGGUUCAAGGGAUUAUCGUAUCCAAUCACGGAGGAAGACAGCUAGAUGGAGUCCUUCCUACUAUUGCUGCUCUGGUUGAAGUAACUACUGCAGUGCAAGGCAAAAUCGAAGUUUACUUGGAUGGUGGAAUACGAACAGGGAAUGAUGUAUUGAAAGCAUUGGCACUUGGAGCAAAAUGUGUCUUCAUCGGCAGACCCACAGUGUGGGGUUUGGCCUAUAAGGGUAAAGAAGGACUUCAAGAACUUUUGAAGAUUUUAAAAGAUGAAUUUUGUCUGUCAAUGGCUCUCACUGGCUGUAAAAAUGUCUCAGAAAUUGGCCGGCAUCUUGUUCAGUAUUCCAAAUUGUAAAGAACUCUUCUGCAACGCUCACCAGACCAGAAGCAGCAUGCUAGCUAAAGUGGGGAAAACACCUCUGGAUGAUUAAAAACAAGGGGGAGACCUCAGCCACCAGCCACAUGUCAAAAAGUUUGUCUAAUGAUAUUUUUGCAGUCCCCUGAAGUAAAUGGGACACAGCAGCUUAAAGCUGGCCUAUACUGAACUGUGAAUAACUGGGAGCCCCAUUCCUUUGCAUCCUGUCUUCAUGAUACCCAGCUAGGAAACAUUCCUUAAAAACUUUCAAUUUUACCACAUUCUCCUCCCUGGAUUAAGUGUGUGAAAUGCCAUAGUAUCCAAUGACUUGUCUGUUUUACUUUGAAUAAUACAAUAAAAAUAAAUCAUGGCAUCACUUACUUGGAAUGGCAAUGUUAGGCCACAGAGUCCAAGUACAGUUCAGUGAUGAAAUCUUAAUUAAAAAUUCCCUGGCAGGUUUUUAUCCCGCAUCUGUUUGAAUACAUUCAACAAAAGGGAAGCAACCAACUUGCUAGAUUAUAGAUUAUUUUCAUUACAUUUCUUUGUCCUUGCUAGAACCUGUCUUUGCAAGUCUGAACUGCUCCCAGAGGAUCAAUCCAUCCAUCCAUCAGAACUCACCAUUCCUGAUCAAUAGAUGAUCCCGGAAAUGCAUCAGCCAAUCUCUAUUCAUCUUCCAGUUAGAAAGGAAAACCACCUUCCCUCCCCCGCCCCUCCAUGACUGUAAAAACAUUUGCUGAUUAGGGAAGAAGCUCUCAGUUUAACUACAGUAACGUCAACAUGGCAACAGGAAGCCAGGCCUGUGUGAUUUACCAGCUUCAUACAAUUACCAUGGAGAACAACUUGUUGUGAAUGAAUAAAAAUUACUAAACC